AUGUGUGUGUACCAGUCAAAUUCGAACAAUAGUAAUCCCUCCUUUAUUUUCGAAAGAACCGUGCAGGACGCAAACUCAAGCGAUCUAUUCCUUCAACCCCCGGUUUCCGCUUCCAACACGGCUCAUAGUUCAAGAUCCAACAGUUCUUACAGCUUGCAAAGCGUUUUUCCUAUCCCCAUCUCUAGUAGCAAGACCAAAACUCCGUCGUUGAGGAAGAACUCUAAUAAUGUCUCCUCUCCCUUAGAUAACAUCAUACCAACGUCCAGGUCGGUGUCGAAUUCCACCACAAGCUCGCUGGCACACCAAGAGUACAUCGUGAACCCUAUUUCUAAUAUGCAUCACCAUCAUCAUCGCCGUCGUACCUUAGAGAACUCCGUGGCCCCAGCUUUGGACGCAAGUUGCUCGAUAGUGAACGAUGAGAAUACUAGCCUGAGCGAUGUCGACAUGGUUUAUUCAAGAAGAUCUUCUUCCACUGUUGGCUUAAACAUGGCCUUAUUAGGUAGAACAAAUAGCGCUACUUUCCCGUCAUCGGAGUUCUCCCCAACUUCUUCAGAUCUCAAACUUUCAAGAUCUCAUUCCCAUUCCGCCGCUAGCCGUCCCACGUUAAAUAGCGGCAAUAACUCUGGGAUGCCCAACAAAGCAUCAAAUGGCGAACCUAAGAGUAGAAUCCUAAGAUUUUACUCUUAUGUCGAUAUGCUAAAUGAUGAAAAACUUUCACAGACAAAUAAUGCCCCUUCAGGUAGGCCAUCGUUAAAAUCUCAAGCAUAUUCAUGCCCUUUCCUUCUCAAGCAAUCUCAGCCACAACCUUAUUCUUCUUCCUCGGCAACAACGACGUUUUCCAAUCCCUUUAUUAAAAGUACGGAGUUCCAAUCGGGUUCUCCUUACGUAUCCCCUCAGCAAACUGCUAGACGAUAUUCUAAUAAUACUAAUAACACCUCCAAAUCACCAAAAAACCAGUCGUCUUCAAUUCUAUUACAAAAAAAAUCCGUUUUGUCAAACACGGAACGUCUAGCAAGUCUAAGAAGAAACCCUAGAUUCCAAAUAGAAUCAAGCGACAGCGAAGAAGAAGAUUUAGCGAUGGAUAUGUUAGAGCCCUCGUUCCCCUCAGCCUCUUCUUUACGUUCAAGUGCAAAUUUGGCAAGUAAUCCCGAAUUAGCAAACCAGAUACCCUUAUCGUCGUCAUCGUCAUACACAGCGAUAGCAAAGUCUACGCCCUUGUCGAGUGAUCCUUCAUACGUCUCCUCUUCUAACACAUUAAAUUCUGACCAUGAGUUAAGAAUUGAAAAAGUUAGUGAAGUACUCAAGAGAAAAGUUUCAAACAGUGGAUUUUCAACUGAUAUGAACAGUUAA